AUGCUCGAGAAGACGUCGUGGCCGUGGCCGGCCGGGCCCAGCGACGCUGCGCUGCGGCACGGGCAGGCCCAAGCCGUGCGAAAUGACCCGCCCGGCGCGGCAGCGGGGCCGGGAGCGGGCGAAGCACAGUACUUUCUCGAAACCUCCCUGUCCAAAGACAACGCCCAGCAUCCCGAGCGCGAGGCAAACGGCCACGGCCUGGACCACGGGAGCCUACUGCGCAGAGCCAUCCACUCGUCCUCGCGGCAGGCCGUCCUGGCGCCCGCCGCGCUCACCCUCGCCUCGCUCGGGAAGAACCACGACCCCUCCGGAGCGCCGCCGUCGCCGCCGAGCUCGCUAGCGGAGCACGCGGCACCGCCGUUCCCCUGCCCGCUCGGCCCCAAGAUCGACGAGGGCGCGCCAGGCGCGCCCAACGUUGCCGCCCUGCAGCCCCGCGCCUCCCCCGGCGCGCGGCAGACCGCGGGGGACCCCCUCAUCCCGGCCGGCGUGUCGGACGGGCGCUCCUCGCACCCCUCGUCGGGUCGGCCGGGCCUCGUGCCCCACCUCACGCCAGCGGACGCGAACCCGUCGAUCGAGAGCAGCGCGCCCACGGACUCGGUCGGGCGGCCGGAGCCCAACGUCCCGAGCGCGCUCUACAAGUCGGACCCGGACCUGACACCCCCCCACGACGCCACGGUGUGCGUGCGCGAGGCGCAGCCCGUGCGCGACGUCGCGUCCGCGCAGGCCGCCCUCGACCUCCUGCAGGAGUGGCAGUCCUACACCGUCCUCUCGCGCGCGAUUCGCAUCGUGACGCGCCGCGGCUCGCCCUGGGUGCCCCGGCGCCUGGCCGCGAGCGCGCCCAAGCUUACCGUGGCGCCGCUCCCGCCCACGCUCGAGUCGCCCGGCGCGCGCGAGGACGCCUCGCAGGCGCAGAGCGUCCUCGGCGGCGGCCGCUCGAAGCUCCCGUCGGACACCGCGUCCACGUCGCGCCUGGGGAUGUCGCGCGUGGUGGAGGGCAGCGACGGGCGGCGCGACACGCUGAAGCUCGACGAGGAGCGCCCGGCGGCGGUGCGGCCCCCGAAGCGCCAGCUGUGGACGCUGGUGGACCUGUGCGGGCAGGAGCUGGUCGUGACGGCGGAGACGGGCCCGCUGGUGGUGCGCGCGGACAACGUGCUGAUUUGCGGCGGGAAGAUCCGCGCGGAGGACGGGACGACCGCGGUGGAGGUCGUGGGGAAGAGCGUGUGGCUCCAGGGCGUGAAGAUCGAGACCGUCGAGCGCGCCGCGGGCGCGGGCGCGGCGGGCGCGGGCACGGGGUCGGCGAGCGGCGUCGAAGGCCACGCGCUGCCGGGCAUCGCGGAGAGCGCGAGCGCGGGUGCGAGCUUCGCGGAGGGAAGCGCCCCGGGGCCGAGCGAGGAGCAGACCGUGCCGCUCCCGAUGGGGCUCGAGGGGGGGGGUCUCUUGCCACGUCAGGUGGUGUUGUCGAUGGAGAUGCCGGCGACGAGCGCGGCGGGCGACGUGGAGUCGCUGCAGCAGUCCGUCCUGCGGCGGCGGAACAACGCCGGGAAGCGCAGCGGCAACGCCAUGCACUGCCCGCCCCCGCGCCGCGCCCACUCCAUCGUCUCGUCGGGCCACGGCGUGCUGUCCGAGUGCGCGGAGGACGCCGAGGCGCACCUGGGCGCGGGCUGGCCCGCGGGACGCGACACCGCGCCGCUGCAGCGCAGCAGCGUGUCCAGCGCGAACCCGUCGUCAAAGCACAACGCCGCCACUGGCACGUGCACGGCGGCGUUUGAGCGCAAGGACAGCCCGCCGCUGAUCGUCGUGCGCGGCACGGCCGUGCUGGACUCGUGCACGAUCACGGGCCCGCACUGCUCGAGCGGCGUGCUCGUCACGGGCGAGGCGGCACGCGCACAGCUCCUGCGGUCGCUCGUGCAGGGCUGCGGGUGCAGCGGCGUGGUCGUCGAGGCCGGCGCGCGCGCGCUGCUCUCGCACGCCGCGCUCCUCGACAGCAAGAGCGGCGCCGGCGCCUCCGUCACCGGCCCGGGCUCCCUCCUCGUCGCGCGAUCCACGUACGCGUGGGACAACCUGACGACCGGCAUCGAGGUCACCGACGGCGCGAAGGCGACGCUGACGCGCUGCUGCGUCGCGUCCGGCGCGGGCCGAUGGCAGAGCGUCGGCGUCGCGGUCGUCGGCGCCAGCGCGGACCUGCGCUCGUGCGCCGUGCGCGGCAGCCGCCUUUCGGGCCUCAUCGCGCGCGCGGGCGCGCGCGUGACCGCGCUGAGCUGCUCGUUCCUCGGCGGGCUGUCGAGCCAGCAGGCCGGCGUGACGGUCUGCGGCCGCCAGGGCGCGUCCACGGCGUGGAUCGAGGGCUGCGAGAUUGACGGCACCACGCAGUUCGGGGUGCGGGGCCACCAGGGCGCGCACAUCACGGUCGUGGCGUCGCACAUCAGCAACAUCAUGGCCGCGCGCGGCACGGGCCUGCUGGUCGGCGGGAAGGACUCGACGCUGCGCAUGGUGCGGUGCAACGUGCUGCGGACGGCGCGGUGCGGCGUCAACGUCGUCGGCGGGUGCGCGGCGCAGCUGACGCGCGUGAACAUCGCGCAGUGCCCCGUCGGGCUCGAGCUCGCGGGCCUGAACACGCGCUGCCGCGCCGUGAUGGUCAACGUUGAGAGCGCGACGUCCAGCGGGAUCAAGGUGGCGUGCGAGGCCGGGACGCUCCGCGCGCGGUUCGUGCGGUGCGACGUGACGAAGAUGACGGAGGUCGACGCCGAGGCGGGGCUCUCCGUGGACGGCUACGGCGCGGAGGUCGUCUGCACGGGGUGCAGGCUCGAGGAGCUCUCGUGCCCGGGGCUGGUGGCCACGCAGGGCGCCUGCGUCGAGCUGGACCGCUGCGAGGUCGCCGCGUGCGACCGCACGGUCGGCAUCGUCGUCGCCGGCGAGGGCGCGCAGCUCUCGAUGCUGACCUGCAGCGUGGCGCGCACCGAGCGCUCGUGCGCCACCGUCAUCGGCGGCGGCCUCCUCAUCGCCCAGGACACGUCGUUCUGCGGCUCGAGCUGCGGCUCGGGCCUCCAGGUCGCCGGCGACGGCUCCCGCGCGGCGCUGCGGCGGUGCUCGGUGAAGCGGUGCCUCGAGCACGGCGUGGCGGUGGCGCAGGGCGCGACGGCCAACCUCGAGGAGACCUCCAUCGCGCACGUGCUGCGGCAGGCCGCGCUGCUGGUCGAGGGCCACGGGACGGUCGCGCACCUGAACGGCUGCGAGCUGUCGCACACGGGCGCGGCGGGCAUCCUGGUGACGCGGCAGGCGCACCUGACGAGCAAGGCCACGGCGCUGACGCACGUGCUGCACGGGGACGGGGUGCUCGUGGCCGGGCGCAACUCCCGCGCGCUCGUCCAGGCGUGCCGCAUCUCGCAGUGCCCCGCCGGCGGCGGAGUGCGCGUCACCGCGGGCGCGCGCGCCAUCGUGCGCGACACGGGGCUACUCUGCCUGCAAGACUACGCGCUCAGGGCGGACGGCGCGGACUCGGGGAUCCGCGCGGAGCGCUGCACGAUCAUGUCGGUGGGCGGCGCGCCGCUCGUCGUGACGGACCAGGGCGCGCUGGACGCCCAGGGGUGCCUGACGGACCGCGCGGACGGCGACGUGCUGGUGCGGAAGCGGUCGUCGUACGGCGGCGGCGCAGGCGUGCGCGUCUCCGCGGCCGCGCGCAUCUCCGCGGCGCACGCCUCCGCGUGCGACUGGCACGGCCGGUCCGUCGACGGCGCCAUGUCGGAGCACGUGGAGGUGGUGCGCCGCGAGAGCGAGCUCGAGUCGAGACAGGCCGCGACGCGCAGCACGGCGUCGCAGCACGUGUUCAUGCUCCACGCGAACGCGUUCUCGACCGACAACGCGAACAGCGGGGCGGGCCCGAAGGAGGCGGUCUCCCUGCCGUACACCGAGGGGGGCGCCAGCUCGCCGGCGGCGCAGCUGGCGCGGUUCCAGGCGCUGACGGACUCGGGCACGCGCUAG